GGGCUGCGGAGGUACGGACAACUGCCCAAGGUCACACGGAGAGUCAAGGAGCCAGGAGGACGCAGACGACCAUGAGCCGGUCUAAUGCUCUUUGCAGGGACUCUGUGGGGCGGGGAAGCUGCCCUGGUGUGAGGCGGGAGGUGUACUCAGGAGUCCAGGGACCGAACGGGCCUCUGAGCAUCUCCUCACUCCCCUCAGCUGCAGAGAAUCUGAGGACCAGCCCCGGGCGUCCUGCCCGGAUCCAGGACGCUGACAGCUACUCAGGGCAGGUGAAAGUCUAUCUCGGCAGCUCCUGCGGUCAGGGGGAACUGUGGCACCUCCACUGCCAGCCUACAGGCGCCGGAAGGCGGGUCUCCGGGACGGAGGGGGUGGGGCCAGGGCGAGGGGCGCGGCAAAGGGCGGGGUGAAGGAGAGAGGUGGGGCUCAGGAACCUGAGGCUACAAGGCAGCAGGAAAGGGGCGGGGCCAGGAGCAAGUAGAGGGAUGGGUUCAAGGCCCACCCACAACGAAAAAGGGACGCAACAGACGAGCGGCGGCACUAAGAACAACUGUAGACCCUCCAAACUCUGGACCUCACACGGGGUCCCCGUCCUCACGCGCGGCCCGAACCAGGAGGGUUCAAGUGCCAGGCAUGGCCCGGACUUUGGGGAGAUCUGGCCUUCCCCCCACCGCCCCCACUCUCCGGCUCCGGACUCGGAGCUGACCUCGGAGUUGUGUCGCAAGAACCGGCAGGCUGGCGGGACAGGGCGCGCCUGCCCUGGACGGACCCGCUGUGUGGCCUCCGCCGAGUACUGUCCUCUCUGGGUCUGUUCCCGCGCUACAGUCCUGGUGGGCAGCUCCGGAUUUGUACCUUCACUGGGUGCAUGAGGAACUGGGAAGGGAAGCUGAGUCCCAGCUCGCAGCCCUACCACUCCUAACCGCCUCUUCCUCACGACCUCAGGAGUCCUAGCGCCCCCUCCCUCCCACAGGCAGCUGGAGCCUGAGUCACGAGCUGCCUCUUAGGGAGACAAAGGAGCUGCGGGCCCUUCCCUCCAGACCCCCCUCCCGGUACUUAGAUGGCAUCUGCACUAGCAGGGAGCCUAUAGUCCCCUAGAAUCUCUGCUACUUGGGUAACCCUCCACCAUGGAGGAAAUGGAAGCGAAAUGGGCUUGGAAAUGAGGACUUUGAGGCUUGUGGAUGGCACCCACGGUGGCAAUCACCAUCUUAGCACCGCUGUGGUAGGGACUCCCACGAGGCUGCAUGUUCCUGGAUGUUUCUCAGUCAGAGCUGUGCUGGCUUCUCCCUGCAGCCCUACUAAAAAGGAGCUAGCAGCCCAUCUUAUGGAUGAGAAAACUAAGGCCUAGAAAGGUUGAUUGGCCUUUUUAGAGCAGGAAUUCCAACCCACAUUAGUCUGGCUUCAACAUGAAGAAUGAGUAGGAGCUCACACUGGGAGGGGCUGGAAAGGCUUUCCUGAAAGAGAGCCCAGCCUGUGGGAAGACCUGGGGGCUCAUGGAGGAGUUGGCAUGUCAGGCAUUAGUCAGGCACUGGGUGUGCUGUCAGUGGGUAGGAACACUUCCCUGGCCUCUAGGCUGGGGUCCUCCAGGUGCUCUCUCUGUACUGAACUGGCCAGAAAGUAGGUUCACAGUGUAGGUUCCUGGCCAGACUCUGGCCCUUCCAGGCUGUGUGCCAAUCACAGCAAAUCACUUCCCCUCUCUGGGUCUUGGGUUUCUCUCUAGGAGGGCUGGGCAGACUGGUGAGUUACCACCUAAAACACAGACACUGAGGCCCAGGUCAGGCUUCUUAAAUGUCCACGACCUCCCAGGACCCUGAGUCUUAUCCAGGCACCAGGUGAGGACUCAACAGUGAGGGAAGAACACGUUUGCGUGGGUGCAUCCACACCGACACACACAUACACACAUGCUCACGUGCGGGAAAGGCCCUCACAGUCGCACCAGCCCAGACAUGCACACUCACUCACACCGUGAGCACACUCAGACACCGGCACACUCCAGCUGCCGGCUUUUGGAGCUGGGGGUGGGGCAGGUGCCCUUCAGGAGCAGAGACACAGCUCCUCUGCCCGCCCCGUGGGGCUCGCUGCAGAUGCCAGGGGUUAUUUUAAGCCUGGAUCAAUAGAUGAUUUUUGGUGACACAGGCUUGGUGGCGGAGGGCAGUGGAGAUGAGGGGCAGGUGCUCUGGUGCCUUGCUAUGGAGAGAGACCCCAGAGUCCAGGGAGGGCAGCCUGGGCAAAGGGGUCCCUCCUCAGCUGCACUGCUCCAUCUCUAGAUCCCCUUACCCAGCACAUAGCUUGGCACCUGGGGGGCAAUGUCAGCUGAAUGGCUGUGGUCUGUCUUUACAUUUGCCUUUUCCUGCACCCCUUCCCUCCAAGGCUGUGUGCUCACAUGGAGAGGGCACUGAGUGCCUGGCGUGGACCUGCUAGAUGUGGGCAUCUAUGGUUCCUUGCUGACCAUUGAACCAGACUGAGAUGGGGAGGAAGCCAUGGGUGUGGGGAGGAGCUGGAGGUUGGACAAUAGGUCAAUUCUCCCCAGGUGCAGGAUGGACUGGAAUAUAGCUCCUUUAUUGGGUAAAUGGAGAUAUAGAUAUAUAUCCUGAUUGCAGUCAACUUGGGGUGUAAGUUGAGCAGAACACUCAAUGAUGCCAGGACAGUGGGAGCAAGAGAAGGGCCCAGGAAGGGGUUGUAACCAAGAGGAGAGCAUUGGAAGACUUGUUCUGGGCCCAGUAGGGUCAUUCUACCUGGAAAGUGUCCACAGUCCUGGGGGGGUGGCGGGGCUCAGAAACAAGUCUUUUUAAACCUAGUGCCCAGCAAUAGGAUGAGAAAGAGGGGAGAAGUAGCCACCAUUGGAGCCCCAGUAACCUAGAGGGCUGCUUGGCAGAGUAUUGUGUGGGCAUUGAUACAAAGUGGACAGUUUGUGCCAUGGAUUCCAUUUCUAGGGAUACCAGCUAAGGAAGCAGAAAAGCAUGCACAGAAAAUAUAGUUACAAAGUUCUAAAGCAGAAUAACAAGCUGAAAGUUUGACAGCAAAAAGUAAACUAAAACCCAGUUAUAAAACAGUAUGAAAAUCAUCAGUUGUCCUUACUGAUGAGAUUAAGGCAAUUUCAUUUUAUCCCUUUGCUCAUCUAUUUUCUUCUCUAAAAUUGUAAUGAAGUCUUUUAAUGGGGUGGGGUCUUCUGGGCUGCAUCAGAAGCAUGUUUGUGAGGGGGGAGGGUAUAGCUCAUGUGGUAAAGCACAUGCCUAGCAUGCCUGAGGUCCUGGGUUCAAUCGUCCACUGAUAAAUAAAUAAAUAAACCUAACUACUAACUACCUCUUCCCUGAAAAAAAAAAAAGUUUUUUUUUUUAAAUUAAAGAAAAAAUAAUAAGAAGAAGUGUAUUUGUGGGUGGAGGAGGGAGGAGCAGAUUGUCUUUGGCCAGGGCAUGAGGAAUCACCUGAUGAGGGAGGGUGUUGGGGGGAGGUCACACCCUUCCUGUCAACCCACUAAUACCUGAAAUUAGUCUGUCAGCCCCUCAUCUCAUCAACAGAACUUGAUCCUCCUUUAAAUGUAAAUCCUUCUCCCUCUUCCUCCCUCCACCUCCUCCAUUUUUAUAAGCUGAUCCCAGUUGCUGAAUGAAGAGAGGAUGCAAAAGAGAGCAGGAAGGACCCAAGGAGCCUAAAUUCUUCAACUAAAACUGGAGACUAGAGUCACUUCACCUGAUUCAUUCAGCAGAUAUGGCCGAGGCCUGUGCUAUAUGGAAACUCGUGAAAUGGCCCCAGGAGCCCUUGCCCCCCCUGGUGCUCCCAUCUAGACAGUGGGAGCUUCUAUAUUGAUCUCAGCCUCCUAGAAGGGAAGGAUCAUGAAUCUGCCCUCCAGGAACAGUUUUUGAUGUUAAAAUGAGAAACUAAGGCAGAGAAAAAGCAAGGCACCCCAGCUCAGUCACAUUUCCCAGUUAAAUCCAACUUCAAAAACGCAGCUGAAUAGUGUUCAGAGUAGGUUCCGUACUUGCCCACCCCUCUUACCCUCCUCCCCUGGGCUUGAGAAAGGAGACAAGGGUCCUGUGGGGGCCCGGGUGAAGGGUACGCCAAUGGCUCUGCCCCCAGGUAGGGCUCCCACUGUCCUCAUCCAAGGCAGGGGCUAAUCCAAUCUUCUCCCCUUCACACCUAGGGAGGCAGAGAGAUCCCUAGGUGGACAGCACUGACCAGGCCAUACCCAUAGUCCAUAGUUGGGGACUUCCUAGGACCCCCGAGGGGCCUGCAAGAAGUUCUAGGACCAGAGCGCGCGCCCCAGGGUUAGCGCAGCGCCCUAGGCUGUGCGGAGGGGACCCAUAACUUGGUCCUCUGCAGCGGUUCUGCUGGGGGUUUCCUUCCUAUUUGACAUGCGAAAAAUCGAGGCGCAGACAGGGGAACGGCCCUUACUCAUGUCACACCUCUGUCUCGAUCAGAACUGACGGAGGGGACGGGGGGGGGGGGGAGGCGACAACGACGCUCCGGGGCUGCUCGAUCCCUUCAGUCCCCGCACCUGUAAAACAGAAGGGCUCCCGCCGCGGGCCUAAUGUCCGAAGUAACAGUCCCGAGGGUGGUGAGCUGAACCCCCUGGAGCUCCAGUUCUGAGGAAUGCUUAGGGCAGGCCUUCGGGGAGGGUCCCCGGUGGGGCGCCCCGGCUAUGCGGGCCCUGCCGCGCUCCCUCCCCUCGCCGCGGCCGCGCUCCUCCCCCGGCUCUGCCUCCCUCCCGCCUGCCCUCCUUCCCCCGCUCUCCCUCCCCCGCCAGCCCGAGCCCGCGCGGAGCCGGAGCCGCAGCCAGAGCGCGGGUAGCGCGGAGCGGGCGACGGGAAGGCAUUGGUAUCCAGUGGUCCGCGGCCCCCGCUAGGCCCGGGACCCCGACACCCACCCGGCCGGGAAGAGGCCGGGACCGCGCGCAGACGAGGACCCGCCGCCCGGCCCGGGGGAAGUCCCAGGGCGCGUACUGGCCGGCUCUGGUCCGAGGUGAGCCCGGGAGGGGGACGCGCCCACCGGAGGCGCGGCCCCGCGAGCUCCUGACCAAACCCACCCGGGUCUCGGGUCCUCUCUGGAGGCUGACGGCCGAAGAGGUGUCCUCCAGGAGCCAGCUCCAGGGCGGCGGGGCGGGCGCAAUCCCUGCGGUCGCGGAGGAUCCGGCCAGUAGCGGGGCGGGAGGGAGCCGUGGCGCGCCGCCAUGCGCCGGGCGCUGUAGCCGAAGGCGCCGGCCCGAUGGAGCGGGCCCGGGCGCGGGGGCUGCGUGGCGGCCGCGGCCCGCCGGGGCUCGGACUCGCGCUCGGGCUGGCGCUGCUGCUGGCGCGGCCGCCGUCGGGCCGCGCGGGGGCCCCCGAGGCGCAGGAGCCGGAGGCGCCCGGCACGUCGGCCCCGGCCGGGGGAGACCGCUGCCGCGGCUACUACGACGUGAUGGGUCAGUGGGACCCGCCCUUCAACUGCAGCUCGGGCGCCUACAACUUCUGCUGCGGCACGUGCGGCUACCGCUUCUGCUGCCACGACGGGCCGCGGCGCCUCGACCAGAGCCGCUGCUCCAACUACGACACGCCAGCCUGGGUGCAGACGGGCCGGCCGCCCGCGCGUGCCCGCGACGCCGCCGCGCCUCGGGACCCUGCCCGCGAGCGCAGCCACACGGCCGUCUACGCGGUUUGCGGCGUCGCCGCCCUGCUCGUGCUGGCCGGCAUCGGGGCGCGCCUGGGCCUGGAGAGGGCACACAGCCCGCGCGCGCGGCGCACGGUGACCAGGACACUUACAGAACUUCUGAAGCAACCUGGCCCCCUGGAGCCACUGCCUCCACCGCUGGGCCCACCCCUGGGUAGCUGUGUCCAGGUGCAGAUGGGUGAUGGCCUCCCUCGGGGCUCCCACCACAACAGCACCGGCAAGAAACGGCCCAACAACGUGCCCCUGGGUUCGGCGACACUGGGACCCCAGUGCGCCCCACGGUUGCAGGGCGGCGGUAGCAUGACGCUGCAGACAGACUACGCCAAGUACGCCACUCUCAAGGCAGCCGCGCUCAAGGCCACAGAGGCCUCCCCUCAGGACUUCUACCAGCGUUUUCCCGCGACGGAACCUGACCCGCUGACCCGCCCGGCGCGGGCCCGGCGGUCCCCCGAGGACUUGCCCGCGCUGCUCGACACCUGCCCCUGGGCUCCACCGGGCUACGCGCCCCCCGCCGGCCCCACCCCAUCGGGCCACUACAAAGCCUGGACAGCUGGCCGCCCGGCCCGGCCCGUCCCCCGCGGCCACCUGGCGGCUCACGCCUCCCCCGCGCCCCGGCGGCCGGGCCAGGCGCCCCGGCGCCAGUUCAGCGUGGAGAAGCUGCCCGAGGCCUUCAGCUCGCAGACCCCCGGCCUUUAUGGCAACGCCAGCCGCGGACCCAGGCACUUGAGCACCAACAGCAAAGCCGAGGUCACCGUGUGAGGACAGGGCCGCUGGUUCUCCAGAGACAAUGCAUUGCGGGGAGCCCUGUUUCCCCCUGGGGUUUGUCAGCGAUUGGUGUGGGGGCCCAGGCCACAGAAAGGAGGGGUGCUGUGGGAGGCCAGCCCUUCUGCCUGCCCAAACUGGACUGGGAGCCUGCAGGGCUAAGAAGAGGCCUCCCGGGUAAGGCCUGUGGUUCUGUCCUGGGGGCUCUAGGGCCCGGUUUCCUUGUGUAAAUAAACCCUUAUCCGUGGCUCCCAUCCCUGAGAAUAAAGGAGUCCCAGCAUGGCUCUGAAAGGCGCUGAUGGAAAGAGGCUUUGGUCAUUGACUAGACAGACGGCAGUACCAGCAGAGGGCACAGCGUGUGCAAGAGCAGAGGGCUGCUCCCAAAAGCUGGCGGGCAAGUGUUCUGGGAGCCAGGGAGAAGUGGCUGGAGAGGGUGGUCAGGGCUGAAUGCCAGGCUUAAUGUCCACACCAGUAGGAGCCAUGGGAGAGAGGGCAGUUAGGCCCCAGCCAUCUUGAGGCUAAUUAAGUACAGGAGAGAGGGCUGCUGGGUCCCUGAGGGUCCAUGUCCCUUACCAGUGCUGAGCCCCUCUAGCCGGUCACCCACUCUCCAGCUUGAGGUGGUUGAGCCUGGCUGAUCCUGACACUGUCUGGCCCUGGGCCGGCCCCUGGCCUGCAGGCCACUUGGCUAGCUUGGCCCAGGGCCACCCUCCUGAUGGAUGUGGGCAGUGGGCCGGAUGGACAGCUGGUGCUCGGGAUGGGGGAGCCUCCUCCCAGUAGCUACUCUAGGGGAAAUGAGUAUAGGGAUGCUGGACCCAGAGCCUUGGCAGUGCCCCCACUGGGGUGCUCACCCCACAAAUGCUUGGCAUUGCCAGCUCUCCUUUCUGCCAGGCAGGCUCCUAGCACCUGGCAGUGGCCCAGGGCAUUGGCAACAGCCUACGUGCCUCAAGUUUCUGUGCACCAGACACUGCUGGGGAGGUCGAGGGCUGGGUUAUGCCCUCAUUGUGUGACCUCAACAAAGCCACCCAGUUGGGCCUAUCUCCCUCCUGUGAAACCUAGGCACGGUAUGUAUACUGGUUCAAUACCAGUGGCCACCAUUUGCUGCUGUUUCUUCCACUUAAUCCUCACUGAAGUCCCAUGGGUGUGUGGCUUUACAGAUGAGGAAACUGAGGUCUUGAGACCUAAGUAUCUUGCCAAGGUCACCCAGCUGACUCCAAUUUAGGACUCUUCCAUAUUCCACUGCCAUAGUGAAUCUGGUGGUGAAAUGGCAGCCGCGGGCAGUCUCGGGGAGGAGGGAAGGUUAUGAACAUGUCUGUUGACAGGGAGGAGCCCCUGCUUCCCAGGGCACAGGCAGUCUGACUGCCCUCCUGCUGGCUGGGCUGCCCUGAGGGUCCCCAAACCCACCAGCUCUUCACUGGUAUGAGGGUCCACCUUGCUGUUUCUUAUGGCUAUUGAGAAAACCAAGGCCCAGAAACCCCAGGACAGAACAGAGCCCAGAGCUCACGGCCAUGCCUGCAGUGAGGACCCCCAUGGCUUCCAGGGGAGAAGGCCCUCACACCUUCAACCCAGGAUGGGGGUGGGUGCCCCUGGGACUAUUCUGCAGCUGUACAGAGCUGGGGGAGGAGGGUGGGUGCUGAGUCAUGGAUCCUGCAGAGACUCACAAAAGGAUUGGGUUCCUGGGCACACAUCAGCUACCCACAGCCACCCACCCUGGUGACACAGGCCCUGGCUGGGCUGUGCUGGGAGGUAGAUGUGACCUCUUUGCUCAUUCUGAGUCCCAGGGGCCCUGGAUCUCCAUCCCAGGGGGCCAGGCUGAGGCCACAGGUAUGGCCUCCACUGGGAAUGCUGCCAUAAUAAGUGGACAGGCACCAGCUACAGCUGCAACCCGCACUUCCCCCCGGGCUGCUCCGGCCUUGGGACAGCGUAGCCUGCUGUGAAUGCCCUUCAGAGAAGGGAGUGGUGGCUCAGAGAGCUGAAGGUCCUUGGCCCAUUUCUCAGCCGGGCCAGAUCACGGACCACAUGCACUUCAGCCCCCAAGCUCAUCCCCACGUGGUACUCCUGACCCCACCUCCCCACAGGGUCCAGCACUCUCCCAUCCCAGCACUCCUGGUGGUCUGGUUCCUCACUAGCCUCACAAGGCCCUCACCAUAAACUGGCAUUUUAUGCAUGUUGUAUCAUUCAAACUGGCCAACAGGCCUACAGGGACUUGGUCAAAGGCAGGGGCUGUCAGCCCCAUUCUGCACACAAGGAAGUGGAGGCUGAGGGGCUGCCCUCUCCCUAUCCCCUACGGGGCCCAGCUGGGAAGUACAGGAGCUGGACUUGGAUGUGACUUGCAGGCCACAUCCUCAGUUUCAAUGCCUCCAGGGAGAUGGGGAAACGAAGGUGUGGCCCUCCCAGUAGGGGAGAGGUCUCUCUCUAAAGGGUGAACACAGAAGGGCUUAGCACCCCAAAUCUCAAAGAACUGCUGCUGUCUGCUCAACAGUCAGCUCUAUGUCCUGCAUACAGUGACCUCUGACCCCAGCAACACCACCAACACCCCCUUUAUCCUAGGCCCAUCCCAGCCCUGGAGUGUUAGCCAAACAGCUGGCAUUGGAAGGAAGGAACCAGGUGCGUGGGCAGGCAAGGAGGGUCCAGCGGAGUGAAGCCUCCCAGGGGCCUCUCAGCAGAGGGAGGAGCUGUCCUCAGUCCCUGACCCACUGGAGGCCAAGGCAUGCAGCCACCUGGCUAGUCACCACAGCGGUCACGCCACAGACCCGCACACACCUCACGCUGGGUGGUACCAAUCUGUGUUUAUUGAAUAACCUACAUCCAGGACACAGUGAAUGAUUCCACAUCAAGGAAGCCAUAGGUGUAUCCCCCUUUUUAGUGAAAAAAACAAAACAAAACCCUCCCACCCCUAAACAAUAAGGAGAAAAGGCACAGUAUGUACACGUGACACAAAGGCUGGCUCGCCCAGCGGGCAAGGGCCAUAAAUGACAGUUGUGGGGGGGAGGGCCAAGCCAACUGUUCCAGCUUACACUCAGCAUCAGGGGAGCCCCUGUUGUGUGGACCCCCAGUCUGGGCUGGGGCCCUGGCCCACUUCCUAUCCCAAGCAGCCUGAGGGGCUGAGAAGCACAGGGAGGGAGGGAAGACAGCCCCUCUUAGCCUCUCAGCAGGCUCCGGGGCUCAGGCAGUCCUCAUGCCCUAGGAGAAAUGGCCUCGGGGAGGCACCAAGCCAGGGGACCCAGAAAAGUGGGACACUUUCCUUUCCAGGACCCUCUUCUAGGCAGGGGGCUUCAUUCCUAGUGCCAACCUUGGGCAAUACUGUGCCCACCACCAAAAGGGACUUGUCCCUGGGGAGGGGUUGGGGGCUGGUCCCUGCCAUCCUGGCUUCUUUUCAGGUCAAGAAUUAGGGGUAAAAACGGACUAUGGAGGUAGGAGUUGGGGUGGGAGUGGGCUGAGGACCCAUACUGAAGGCCCCUGGUCCCCAGUCCCAAUGGGUGGGUUCAUCUCUCUCAGCCCCCUGGGCCUACCCCGAGCUUGGGCUGACAUCCCAGGGGGCAGGGGAGUGGGAAGAACAGGACAAUUAAAUAAGAUACCGUUUAUUUUUUAAAAAAUUAAAAAAUAAUGCCGACAUUAUUUCAUCCAUCCCCAGGCCUGCCCCCUGCCUCCCACCCGCCUCCCCAGGGCUGGGCUCCCUCCUUCCCUGGCUGUCCUGUACAAUAAAGAGAAAACAAUGAACUGGCUUUGUCAGGCACAGGGGAGGGGGACAGAGACUCGCGGAGAGAAAUAAAGAUGCCACAGCAGCUUAGCCCUGCACCACGGCAACCCCAAGCACACUGAUAUAAAAACAUUCGUAUAAAAAGGGGGGCAUGCUGGGCACAGUGCCAAGAGUGAAGCACUGGUGCCCAGAGACCUAUGUUCCCCAGAGGGAAAGCCUGAUAAAAAACAAGGAAGCAGGAAAGGGGGGAGAGAAGUUCAGCGGAGAGAGCGUCUUGGGAGGACUGGAGGUGGGGCUGAGCAGCUUGGGAGCUCCCCCUGCUGCUUUAAGUCAGGGCACCCCCAAUUCUUGCCCUGCCCUGUCUUUCCUCAGGCCCACUGGGCCCUGGAUGUGGGCAUCUGCCCACAGUAGCUUUAAGGGGCUCUUUCCAGGGGCCCACUAGCCU